CACGGAGGGAGGCGCCUUGCCCUUGACCCAUCUGUCUGUGAGACCGCGGGUGAGUCGCUUCCCCUCCCUGAGUUCAGUUUUCUCAUUUUAAAAAUCAGGGUCUCAGGGACUUUCUUGGUGGUCCAGUGGCUAAGACUGCGCUCCCAGUAUAGGGGCCUUGGAUUCAGUCCCACGUGUCCCAGUGAAGGUUGAGGAUCCCAUGUGCUGCAACUGAGGCCCCGUGGCCCCGAUGUCUUCUCCCCAGGACAUGGCAGGCAUGGGGCCAGGUGUGCUGGGCAGCCUGGUCUCCAGCGACGUCCUGCUCUUCAUCGUAGGGUCUCCUAGCUGCUCUGGCUCCAGAAUACUCCCAUCUGAAGCCACUCUGGUGGGCCCGUGGGUAGCGGUCAGUGGAGGGAGGCGUGGGUCUAGCCCAGGGAGGGCUCUGCUGUGGGGUGGUUCACGGUGUCCUCUGGGCCCUCAGUGGGCAGCAGCCUGGGCCGCUGGGCCUGUCCCGCAGAGGUGUGGGCAGGACUGGGCAUCGUGUUGCUGCUGCUCCGCCCCCCCCCCGAGGGCAGCGCCUCGGUCUCUGAGCAGCACAGCCCGGGGCCUCCUGCCUCCCUGGAGCCGCACCACCGGCCUGGGUCGAGCAGAGCACAGAAGGCAAGCAGGGCAGGGCUCCCCAGCAGCCUCCCCACCAGCGCGCCUGGGACCAGGAAGGUGCAGCCCUGCGUCCUGUGAGAAGAUGUCUUAUGGAUCCAUCGCAGGCAGCGGCGGCCUGGGGAGCCGGGGCCCUUUCGGGGGGCCCUCCCAACAAGGCUAUCAGCCUCUAGAGUGCACAAAGUGUUGGACCAAGUAUGGAAUCCGCCAUUUCCCCUGCCCAUCGCCAGAGAGCAGCCUGCAGGACCCCUGUGUGGGUGAGGAUGGGGACGGUGACCCGGGGCCAGCUGGCACCCCCAGAGGCCCGAGGGCCAGGAAGCGAGGGCCAGGGGUCACGCCCGAUGGCAGUGGGACACCAGAGCCCAUCUCGCUGCCUGCUGGCCCACAGAAGGAGCCGGCUACAAGGGCCCGUGGCCACAUGGCCAGCACCACCCGGGCCAAGAAGAGGAAGCCCAACUUCUGCCCACAGGAGACGGAGGUGCUGGUAGCCAGGGUCAGCAAGCACCAUCAGCUUCUGUUUGGCACCGGCCUGCCGCGGGCCGAGCCUGCCCGCAGGUACCGCGUGUGGAGCCGCAUCUUGCAGGCAGUGAACGCGCUGGGCUACUGCCGCCGCGACCUUGUGGACCUCAAGCACAAGUGGCGGGACCUGCGGGCCGUAGUGAGGCGCAAGCUGGGCGAGCUGCCGGGGGCGCCUCAGGCCCUGCCCCUAACGCCCCUGGAGCAGGCCGUGGCCAAGACCUUCUCCUUCCAGGCCCCGCCCUCCGAGGGCCUCGGCCCCGAGCCGCGCAGAGCCACCCAGAUGGACCCAAGUGACCUCCAGGAGCUGUUCCAAGAGACGUCAGCCAACAUCUUCCGAAUCAACUCCAACGUGACCUCCUUGGAGCAGAGCCUCCGGUCCCUGGGGACGCCGGGUGACACGCAGGAGCUGCGGGACAGCCUGCCCCGCCCACUGUCUGCCCGCCCGCCAGCCCUUCCGUCCUCCCUUCCAUCCGUCCGCCCGUCCUCCCUGCCAUCCAUCCACGCACGCCCCGCCCACUGUCUGCCCGCCUGCCCGCCCUUUCAUCCUCCCUUCCAUCAGUCUGCCCGUCCUCCCUGCUGUCCGUCCACACUCGCAGGCCUGGACCACCCCGCCCAGUCUCGGGGUCCAGAGCGAGGCACCCGAGGGCCCUUGGCAGAUUUUGUGUGCCGUUGUGUUGUAAAUUGCUCUUUGAGCUUCCUUUUUGAAGUAGCCUGCAUUGUUUUCCGAUUGUGGAAGUAGCAUAUGCUCCCUGUGGGAACUUGGACGCCCGGGACAUCGGAGGAAGCGCUGUGAGAGCGUUCUGGUGUUUCCUGCCAGCCUCUCAAGUCCAUAGGCGUUUUGUAGAGUCGCAUUUAAGUGAAUAGUGUUCUAGAUCCCACUUUUGAUGCUGGGGAUUGGGGAUGCGCGUGCCCCCGGCACACACUGGGACCACGCCCCUCAGGGGCUCAGCCUCCGCGGCCGGCGUGCGUGGUGCUGAGCUGUGACGCUCGGGCUCCUCCGUCUUCAGCGUCAGGAUCCGCCAUGAGAGCGUGUGGGCCGCCUGUGCUGCCGCCUGCUCCUGGGUCAGGGCCCUGGGGUGGUGUCCCUGGGCUCAGGCGGGUGCUUUUCCCCACCUUGGCCCAUUGGCCGGAGGGUGUCGUCACCGGUGGUCUGGAGAGGGGCACAGGCCCUUCCCUGGACACCCACUGCUCUCCCCGCAGCCUCAGCUUCCAGGUCCCCAACUUGCUUCGUGCCUUCCUGCCCCCUUGUGCCCCCAGAUCCCCUAGCCCUCUUACCCUUUCUCCCCGCAGGGCGGCCCCUGACCAGACUGCCUACCCCGCUGGUCCUGGCCUUCCAGAGCCUUCCAUGACCCCUGCCCUGGGGGAACCUGUGUAUCUCGUGGACCAUUAGCAUUUUCAGAUGACUUGAGGCCAGUGCAGGGUUUUCAAGUCUGUAUUUGUUCCACGUUGACAGUUGCUAGCUCUUUUAUUUGGCCAAGAAAGGACAUUAAAAAAAAAAUAAAUACACUAUCAUCCAUUGUGCCAUCACAUUGAAAAAAAGGCAUUUCAGUAGUUGGGAUCUGAUCACAGGAGGGAAGACAGUCUUUCAGAUUGAGUAAGUAUAGCUAGUUUCACAAGAGGCUUACAGGGUUGAACCUGUUUUCCUCAUCUUACGUGAGACAGGGGUGGGCUCGGUCAUCCCUGUCACCUGCCAUGAGUGGCCCGGUGCCGCCCCCAGCACGGGCUCCCAGACUGGCCAGGUGGCCCGGUCCGUGACGGUGGGGCUUGUCGGCGUCAGCCCAGGGCAGUGCUGGGCCCCUUGGGAAGGGCUGCUGAGUGGAUGGUCCUUCCAGGAGCCCCAGGCAGGACGUCUGCCGUAUGAUGAAUUCCUGCCUUCUGUUCCUCAGUGCGGCCUGGCUGGGCCCCUUCCUGGUCGGGGUUAGCUCCUGCACCCGAGCCUCCAGCCCUCCCUCCACAGCCGCCGCUGCCCAUCACCCCCUUUGUGUGCGAUGCUGCUGCUGGCAUGGCCUGCCUACCCCACCCUGGCUCCACCUGUAGCCAGCCCGUCCCUCCUCUUGCAGACGUGCCAGGCUGGGGCGCUGGGCCCUGGGCUGCCUGUGUGUCUGGCCUCAGAGCCUCUGCCUGGACACAGGGUGUGAGGUGGGAGUCAAGGCUGAUACUCUUUGAAUACGAUUAUGCCACUUCUCAAAGGAACCGACCUUUGAAUACCUUGGCACCUUUCUCAGUGCUUACUCAAGCUCUCCACGUGGGUGCAUUUGGGGUGAUUCCAUUUCACUUGUCGCUGUCCCGAGACAGCGCUGUGUUGUCUCAGUCACUGAAGCUUGUGGGAGUCCAGCGUCAGUGUGGACAUCCUCCAGCACUGCCUAUCUUUUCUGAAGUUGCUUUGGAUACUUCCGAUUGGCAGGUUCUCUGGUGUCUGCCCCUGGGGCCAGGCCAGGGCCCUGCCCUUGCUUGGGCCUGUGAGCCUGCAGGACACCUGUGGAUGGGGUCUGCCCAGAGUCACUCUGUCCACAGGGCCUGAGGUCAGCCUGGCCUUUUCAGCCUUCUGAGGUCACACUCAGAAUCUUAAACCGAGGAUCUGGCAGAGACCCUGGGCCCUGGGUUCCAUGCUCCUGGGUCUGGAGCUGGGCCUCUCAGUGCGGCCCCCAGAGGGACAAGCUGUCCUCAGCGCUGGGCCCAGGGCCGUCUCUGCGGCCACCCUGCUUCCUGGCCCCAACCAGUGCUGACCCCAGGGGCCCCUCCAUAGGGAGGGCUCUCGGCUGGGCCCCAGAUGUGCAGGAGCUGCGGCUGUGCACCGGGGCCCUGGGGCCUGGGGAUGCUGGCCUGAGCUUACAGCGUCACGUCUUCCACGCCUCACCUGCCCCCUCGGGUUGCUCCCUCUCGUCCGCCCCUCCCUGGGCCUGUCCGCUCCGUCUCCUCUGCCUGGCUUUUCCUGUCCUGUGCGCUGCCCCCUCCCCCCACGAGCCCCUGCCCACCCUGCUGCCUGCUGUGUCACCGCCCUUUCCUGCUGCCCCUCCCCCAUCCUCUCCCCCUGCACCCUCGUG